AUGGGUCCAGACACGGCUGCACCCCCCGAGGACACGCCCCAUCCAGCGGCCAUCAACUACGUGCUUGGCUUCCUGCUCGUCGGCAUUGCUUGGGGCUUCACGACGCCUUUUAUUCGCAGAGCGGCGCGCGACCACAAGCCGCCACCGCACCCGCUGCUGGAGCGUGCCGACAUCCAGGCCAGCACGGUGAAGCGGCGCGUGUACGGGGCCGUGUUUGCGGUGGUCGACCUGCUGCGCAACCCGCGCUACGCGGUGCCGCUGCUGCUCAACCUGACUGGCAGCGUGUGGUUUUUCCUGCUGAUCGGCCAAGCGGAACUAAGCUUGACCGUCCCUAUCGUCAAUACCUUGGCCUUCCUGUUCACCGUCAUUGGCGAGUGGUGGGUUGAGAGCAAAGUGAUCAGCCGUGAUACGUGCAUCGGCAUGGCUCUGUCGCUGUGUGGUAUCGCCUUGUGUGUUCAUAGUAAGACGACGUGA